AUGCAGUUUGUAGGCCCAUGCUCGGAUAAUAAUGGUGGCUGUGAGGAAGUUUGUUUCAAUUUGGGAAAGAAUGAAAUAACAUGUUUUUGUCCUUUUGGUCGUUUGGCAUCUGAUGGAAAACAUUGCGAAGGCCAUUCAUUCCUAGCAUUUUCUCAGCGUCAUUCAAUUGAUUUCAUCGCAAUGGAUGGUACAAAACCAGUAGAGAAAGCUGCCUUUAAACCAAUUCGAAAUACGACAUUCGUUAGGAAUGUCGUUGAUUUGGUCGCAGAUGAGGAAAGAUACCAGUUGUUAUUUAAAGUGGGAACUAUAGGAGGAAUUGCUUUCGAUUUUGCAAAUCGUGAUUUGUAUUUCAAUUCGCUCGGUGAGCAUGCGAUAAUGCGAGUUUCACUUCGUGAUGCUGAACCAUUUUCUUAUCCAAAGAAGUCAACAGCAAUCAUCUAUUCGUCUCAAUCGGAUAUUUUGCAAGGAAUUGCAGUUGACCCUUGCUCAAUGACGAUUUAUUUCGCCAAUUCUCGCAGUGAUGCACCCACUAUUGAACGAGUUUAUUUCAGUGGAUAUGGUAGAAAGCCUAUCAUCACGAGUAACAUUCGAACACCAACUGCUGUUGCAAUAGAUUUUAAUGAACGUAAACUUUAUUGGUCAGAUGCUGGGCUUAAUAAGAUUGAACGAUGCGAUAUGGAUGGUGAAAAACGAGAAAUAAUUUUACAAGACGAUGUUUCGCCAUUAGGAUUUUCAGCCCAUCCAUUUCGAUUGACGAUCUUUGAUAAUACUGUUUUCUUCACCGACUGGGUUCAUGCUGCUGUAAUUGCUAUUGAUAAAUUAACUGGUGGAAAUGAAAAAAUUAUAAAGAAUGAACUUACUGAGCAUCCUAUGGGAAUUGUUGUAGUAGACGGUAUAGUGGAACAAUGCAUUGCCCAUGCCUGUAAAAAUAUGGGCUGCGAAGAUGAAUGUAGACUGAAUACAGUGAAAGAACCAUUUUGUUUUUGCAAAGGCAAUCGUCGUCUAAAUCCCGAUAACAGAACAUGCACUGACGAAAGGAUAUUUCGGUUAUGUGCAAGCGAGGAAUGGGCUUGCUUAAUAAGUCAAAGAUGUAUUCGAUAUGAAAACACUUGCGACUCGGUUAAAGACUGUGAAAUGGCGGAAGAUGAAGAUCCACGUUUCUGCGCAUCUCGCUCUUGUCGUAAUGGUUAUUUUCCCUGCGGAAACGGUUUAUGUAUUCCUGUUCGCAAUAGGUGUGAUGGAGUGAAUAACUGCAGGAACUUCCAGGAUGAGAUCGGCUGCAAUUGCUCUAAGGACGAAUUCAAGUGUCGGAAUGGUCUGUGUAUACCGAAAUCAGUAGUCUGCGACCAAAAAAUGGACUGUAGUGACGCAAGUGACGAAAUGGAUUGUCCACUUCGAAAUUGUUCUGCCGAAAUAGUUUUGAAGCAGUCAUUGGUAAACUGUAAGUACACUACUCAAUGUAUUCACCAUAAUUGGUUAUGCGAUGGUGUCAACGAUUGUUGGGAUGGUUGGGAUGAACAGCAGUGUCUUCUUGCCACAGCGCCACCAAAAAUACAUCGGAAAGCAGUAAAAUGUGCUGAUGGAUAUCGUCGGUGUAAUUCCACAGAUAUUUGUAUUCCUGUUGGAUGGGUAUGUGAUGGUAAUCGUGAUUGUGCUGAUGGUUCCGAUGAAAUUAAUUGUGAAACCACCUGCAAUGGUGAAUUAGAGUAUACUUGCAAAUCAACAGGAAAAUGUCUUGAUAAAAUGUGGCGAUGUGAUGGCAAAGAUGAUUGUGCUGAUGGAAGCGAUGAAAUAGAUUGCGAGAAAGAAUGUGAUGAGAAGGACCAUUUUCUUUGCACUAAUGGUAAAUGCAUACCCAAAAAAUGGCGAUGUGAUGGAAUAAGCGAUUGUUUAGAUCACACAGCGAAUAAAUCGAAAGAUUCAUUGGUCGGAUUGUCCUGUGAACAAGGCGAAUUUAAAUGUGCCAGUCCUACAGGAGAUUCUGUUCAGUGUGUUCCAAGAAGAUAUUAUUGUGACGGUGAGGCAGAUUGCGAGGACGGCAGCGAUGAACCUUAUUUUUGCGAUCAGCGUCCUUGCUUGUCAUGGCAAUUUCGAUGUGGUAAUGGACAUUGCAUAGCAAAGAACUGGACGUGUAAUGGUAUUCGUGAUUGCGCAGAUGGUGCAGAUGAAUCUCUUGAAUUAUGUGGAAAUCUUAUUAGUGGAUUCUGUGCUAGUAAAAUGUUCCAGUGCGAGAAUCACUUAUGCAUUGAUAACGCUUUGGUUUGUGAUGGUAAAAAUGACUGCGGUGAUAAUUCGGACGAAUCAAAAUUAUGCAACAUAAAUGAAUGCCUUAAUGAUCCUUGCGAAGAUCGGUGCAUCGACCUUCCGAUUUCAUUUAAGUGCGAUUGUGAACCACCUCGCGUUCUCAGCAAAUACGACAAUCGUUCCUGCUUGCUGAAGAAUCAAUGCGAUGAUUCGCCAUGUUCGCAAAAAUGUAUUAACAAGGGCGAUCUCCAAUAUAUUUGCAUUUGUGAACCGGGCUAUGAACUUUCGAGCGACGGUCGCACGUGCAAGCAUUCGGAUUCAGUUGAACCUGAACUUCUAAUAAUCAGCAAGCAUUAUAUCCAUUCUUUUUCGUUAACCGGUAAUCCGAAGGGUGCAUUACUAUCGAAUCUUUCAAAUGGAGUUGCGGUUGAUUACGAUUCAUUGACACAGUUAGCUUACUGGACUGAUGUCACACAGACUAGAAGUAAUAUUGGUUAUACAUCGAUUAAUAGGUCUACUCAUUAUAAGGUUUUUAGUGGUUUAUCCAGUAAUAGUCCUGAAGGAUUAGCUGUAGAUUGGCUGGCUCGAAAUAUUUAUUGGUGCGACAAGGAUGGAAGUAGCAUAUCGGUCGCUGAUUUGAGAGGUUUGUAUCGUUAUACGAUUUUUAAAGGUGAACCGUUACGUGAACCACGAGCUAUUGUCUUAGACCCAAUGGAAAGGUUAUUGUUUUGGACAGAUUUGGUUGGUCCUUAUAUUGGUAGAAUGAAUAUGGAUGGUACUACCAUGCGCUUAAUUAUAACAACUUCUUUACGAUGGCCGCAUGCUUUGGCUGUUGACCCUACUAUGAACCGAAUAUUUUGGGCCGAUGGACAUUUGGAUUAUAUCGGGUCUUCCGAUUAUAAUGGAGAAUAUCGUAAAGUGGUACUUUCCAAAUCUAUUGGUCAUGUAUUUGGUCUUACCAUAUUUGAUGACUUCCUAUAUUGGUCGGAUUGGUCGAAUCGCAGCAUUGAAAAGGCUCAUAAAAUCUCAGGUCAAAUGCACUCAACCGUCGUCAACUUUGCUUAUAAUCGUCCGAUGGGUAUUAAGAUCGUUCAUCCGGUACUUCAGAUGAAUAUUAAUGCUCAAAACCUCUCGCAUCCGUGCACCAAAGAUGGGAUUUGCGAUAAUCUUUGCUUGUUGUCUGAUAAUAGAGAAGGAUUCGUCUGUGUUUGUGCUCAAGGAUUCCGUGCGGUUGGUGGUAAAUGUAUUCCUGAUUGUAAGAAAACUGAUUUCGUUUGUCGCAAUACCUAUAAAUGCAUACCUUUUUGGUGGAAAUGUGAUGGACAAGAUGACUGCGGUGAUAUGGAAGAUGAAUUUUUCGGUCUAAAAGGCGCAUGUCCUGAAUUUAACUGUGAAGGCGGUCAGAUGCAGUGCGAAAGUGUCAACAACCAGUCUACUUGUAUUGAUAGUUCACAGAUCUGUAAUGGAGUCCAAGAGUGUCCUCUUGGUGACGAUGAAAAUUCUCAUUUAUACGUGGCAAUAAUAUUAUUUCGUGACAAAUUUGAGGCAAAUGAUUUAAGCAUCAAUUUUACAGCUUCUUAUGAAUGCAUAGGCGGACAGUUUAAAUGCAGGAACCCACCAAAGUGUAUUCCAGUGUCUGCAGUUUGUGAUAGCAAAGUAGAUUGCAUGGACGGGACUGAUGAACAAAACUGUGGUGACUGGACGAAUGGAUUCGUCGAGAGAUGUAUACCUCGUGUAUGGUUUUGCGAUGGACAUCGUGAUUGUCCAAGCGGUGGUGAUGAAUCUCCAUCUUGUUUGAAUCCCUCUCGACCUUGUCUCAAUGAACAAUUCAAAUGCCUUUCGGGUCGUUGCAUACCAGUUUCGUGGCGAUGUGAUGGCCAGCAUGACUGCGACCGAGGCGAAGAUGAAAAAGGUAGCGCAUAUUUCUCAUCUCUAAACUUUUCAGCCAUACGAUUAUUGUUUUCAGAUUGCUUUAAGUCUUGUCAUUCGAAUCAGUUUGCUUGUGCUAAAAAUUCACGAUGCAUCGAUAAGUCAUGGAUAUGCGAUGGAGAUAAUGAUUGCGGUGAUGGAUCGGAUGAAACCAGUUGUGAAGGGGGUGAUAAGUCGAUUUCGUUUGGUUGCGAUGCUCCCAAUUUUCGAUGCGACGACGGUAGUGGUUGCUUGGAAUUAACCCAAAAAUGUGAUGGCAAGCGUGACUGCAAUGCUCGAAUGAUUCUUUUGCUUGCGGUCAUAUCUCUUCAUACAAAAAGUGUUAAUUUCCUUCCAUACUGUAUCGAACGGAGAGAAAUUUGUGAUGGAAUUUCUCAGUGUCCCAAUGGACAUGACGAAGAUCCGCGUGUGUGCGCGAUUCAUAGUUGUGGUGAAAAUUAUUUGAAAUGCAGAAACAAUAAGUGUUACCCUCAGGCCGCUCUUUGCGAUGGCAUCGCCGACUGUGAGGAUGAAUCGGAUGAAACGAACUUUUACUGCAAUAAAACAUGCCGAAAUUUAUUUCGUUGUGCGACAACCAAUCGCUGCCUACCGUACUCGAAGCAAUGCGAUGGUCGCAAUGAUUGUGGAGAUGGCAGCGAUGAACUCGAAUGUGGUGUUAUUCCAAGUAUUUGCGAUCAUUUCGGGCAAUGUUCCCAAAGAUGUGUUCGAAAGAACUCUUUCAUCAGUUGCGAAUGCAGUUUGGGUUACGUAAGAGAAUUUGGAAGAUGGGGUCAGUGUAAAGCAAAAGGAUGGAAAGAAGCAAAAAUUAUUAUUCUCGAUUCACAAAUGCUUCAUAUGGCUUCUCAUUUCCACAAUCUCUCCAAUGUGCAAUUAAAAACAGAAGAAUCAGAGUCCUAUUUAUCUGAUUUUGAUUACUAUUUUGAAAAUAACGAUGGAAAUAUUUUAAGUCGAAAAAUUGUCUAUGUUUGGGCUGAUGCAGAAACUAACACUAUUAAGAAAGGCGCGCUGGAAGAAAUGUACAAGAAAAUGCCAGAAAACCGGUCGAAAGAAAUUCCUACGAGUCGUCGUUCUAUUCGACGCUGUGUAUUGGCUAUAGAUUGGUUGAAUAAAAAUAUUUAUCAGACUUCUGUUUUACCCGAACUGAAAAUUAAUGGAGUGGUGAUCACCGUAACCGCGUUAUCACAGUUAAAUAAUGCAAAUCAUACGAUACCAAUCAUUUGGGGUUCGUUAAGUCGUGUAAGUUCAAUCGCCGUGUUACCAUCAAUCGGGAAAAUUUACUGGUCUGUGUUGGAGCCCUUUGCAGCUAUUGAAAUAGCUAAUCUUGAUGGGAGUGAAAGACGCGCACUUGUUUUGGAUGCCAUUUAUUCGCCAGACAGUAUCGCUAUCGAUGAGCCGAAUAGUCGCUUCUACUGGACGGAUGUCGCAAAAGGAACAAUUGAAACGAUGACUAUUGAAGGAAAAGAUCGACGAGUUAUCGAAAAAUAUGGCUAUAAAAGUAAAAAUAUUUUGCACAUUAACAUGAACAUGCACAUACAAGAAAUGCACCCCAGUGAAAUAGUAAAAAAUAAACUUGUAAAUGCCAAAAAAAUUCGAUUUUAUGGCGUAAAUCAUAUAAAUUAUGUUUACAUGCAUGCUGAAAUUAUAAUUGUUUGUAAUGGCAAACUUCUGGACAAACCUUUUGGCCUCGAUGUCUUCGAAGAUUUUUUGUAUUUUACUGGUCUCCCUGGUGGCACUGUUUGGCGACUAAACAAAUUUGGCAGCCUUGCUGAAACUGAGAUCCAUGGUUUAAUGAUAUCGAGUAGGAUAGUUCGUCUUCGCGUCGUUCAUGCAGCAAAGAAAUGUUAG